AUGGCUGACGAUGGCAUGGUAGUUAAUUUCGAUAUUGGCCCAGAUGCCUUCACAGCUACAAUCCCAAAAUUCAAAGGUGGCCGCUGGAAAGACCGAUUAAAGGCCAAGAGAGCAGUCGAACACCGCGCAAGGAAGAGAGCUAUCGAAACUGCCGAAUUCAAUAUUGCGCAAACCAUCCCUAUUACCGCCUCUGAAACCACAACAACACUAAAGCUCAAACGUGGUGGCGGAAAGCCCAAGCAGAAACCUACGCCGCAGGCCGUCAAGACGGGGGAAUUCGUAUCCUCCCUAUGGACCGGGAAUCCCGAAGUUAAGAGUGCUGCCACGGGUGACAAAGGUGAGGGUGGAGAGGCGAACGAACCAUCGAAUGCUCCGUUAGCGGAUGGGUCUGCCACUUUCACAACCCUAGGACUAUCCCCCAUCCUCGCCAAUCACCUUACAACAAAACUAGGUCUCGAAGCGCCCACUGCCAUCCAGCGAUCCGCAAUUCCCGAUCUAAUAUCCACCGACAGCGACGCUUUCAUCCAAGCCGAGACCGGAUCGGGGAAAACAUUGACUUAUUUGUUACCAAUAGUAAACCGUAUCAUGAGCCUUUCUGCACCCCCUCCUUCUACUUCGCAAGACGGUGAGAGUGUGGCGAAACGGACCAGACAUUCCGGCCUCUACGCCAUUAUCCUAGCCCCUACCCGCGAAUUGUGCCGGCAGAUAUCAACAGUCCUAUCUACACUAAUCCACUGUAAGAACGGCCCUCACUGGAUUGUCCCGGGCGCUGUCAGCGGCGGUGAGAAGAAGAAGAGUGAGAAGGCGCGGCUGAGGAAGGGGAUCAAUAUACUUGUCGCUACGCCUGGGAGGCUAUUAGAUCACCUGCAGAAUACGGAGAGCCUGGACGUUAGUCGGGCGAGGUGGGUUGUGCUUGACGAAGGCGAUAGGCUGAUGGAGUUGGGAUUUGAGGAGACAAUUGGAAGUAUCCUUGGCAUUUUAGAAAAGAAGAGCAAACUCCCGAAGAAUGUGGAGGAGGCAGCGGGGUGGAAGGGUGAAGCGGGAUUGCCGAGGAGGAGGGUAUCGAUGCUUUGUUCGGCGACCAUGAAGGCCAAUGUACAGCGGCUUGGGGAUAUCUCUCUGAAGGAGGCGUUGUACAUCAAGGCGGAGAAGGGACAUGAGGAGGCGGGUGGGGGCAGCAAGAGCGAGGAAGAGGGGUUCCAGGCUCCGGCGCAGUUGAAGCAAAGUUACGUUGUGAUUCCAGCAAAGUUGAGGUUGGUGGGGUUGAAUGCGUUACUCAAAAGGGCUUUUAUACGACAGGCUGCGAGCCCAAAGAUUAUUGUAUUUUUCUCUUGCUCGGAUUCGGUGGACUUUCACUUUCAAGUAUUUUCCCACCUAUUAGAGGACGAUUCAGGCACUAAGCUGCCAAAACACGCGAAAUCUUCACAAAGCUCCGAAAAGGACUCCCCCAAACCCCACUCUAAAGAAACUAAACCCGAUGCUGAAAAGCCAGCAAAGCAAGCUCCGCAGAACAACCCCGCAAUCAUCAAAGCCCCACACCUCCACCCCACCGCCCUCCUCCACAAACUCCACGGCUCUCUCCCGCAGCCAAUCCGAACCUCUACCCUCCACUCCUUCGCGCACACAACCUCCCCCUCUCUCCUCUUCUGCACCGACGUUGCUGCCCGCGGGCUAGACCUCCCAAACGUCGACCAAAUAAUCCAAUUCGACCCCCCGUUCUCCCGCGACGACCACCUCCAUCGCAUCGGCCGUACCGCGCGUGCAGGGCGGGCCGGGCGGGCCAUGAUGUUCUUGCUUCCGGGGCCGGAGGAAGGCUAUGUCGAUGCGGUGCUAAAAAAGUGCGGAAGCGCCAUACGGGCGAAUGUGGACGAGGUCUUCAAGAAGGGCUUCGGGGAAGAAGGGGUCAAUCAGAAGAAGCGGGAGUGGGAGGAUAAAGCUACGGAAUGGCAGUUGGAGGUUGAGAGGUGGGUGUUGGCGGAUAAAUCGGUGAUGGACCUAGCAAAGAAAGCGUGGGGGAGCCAUAUCCGUGCGUAUACCACCCAUGUUGCCGGUGAGAAGGGGAUGUUUAAUCAUAAAGCGCUGCAUUACGGACAUUUGGCAAAGAGUUUUGGGAUCAGGGAUGCGCCGGGGGAUAUCAGAGUUCCCGGGAGUGGCAGGAGUGGCGGUGGGAAAGGAAGGGGGAACACUGCGGGAUCGGCGGCCACAGCCGCCCCCGCCGGGGUGGGCGCCAAAAGAAGCUUGGAUUCGGAAGAUCAGCCGGGCGAUCCUGGCCUGGAAGCAGUAAGGAAGAUGCGUAAGGUCGCCUUUGGCAUGCAGAUGAAGAAGGGGAUGGCUUCGGAGUUUAAUAUUGGAUGA